AUGCUUAUCGACGGUCAAAAGUGGGCUUGUGAAGCUUGCAUUCGGGGCCAUCGUGUGUCCAGUUGCAAACAUCAUGGUACAGUUCCCUUGAAUCGACCGUUGAUUCGCAUAAAGCGAAAAGGUCGCCCCUUCGCAACAUGCUCAGUUUGCCAGGCAACACCCUGCAAAUCUCCACUAGACCACGCUCGCCAGAAGCGCGAGACAGAACUCAAACAUCCAAAAAAAGCUUCCCACGCUAGACUUUAUCCGCGGCACCAUAACCCGAACGGCUUCCAGCCCAUUGCACCCAGACCGACGUCCGGUGCGAAGAGGGAUUUGCAUUCUAAGAAGGGGCAGGAGGGGAGGGGGGAGAGAUCUGGGUCGACUUCUACUUCGGCUGAGGAUUCGAAUUCGAAUACCACGGCCGUUGGUGAAAGGGAGCGGCUCAACUCUUCUUCUUCUUCCCAGAUGAAUAUUCCUUCUACUGCUACUACUUCUACUGCCGAAUCCGUGUACGGAGAAGGGUACUGGUCUGGUUCUGAGGCUUCUGGGAAUGAGUCUUGUAGUCGGACCCUGUCUGCUGCUACUGCUGCUGGUAGUACUACCGGCGGAGCUGGUCCUAGCCAGACUCUUUCCCAUUCUGCGCCGGGGACCUGUGUCAUCGACCCUUCUAUCAUGGGGAAUACCAUCUUUGACCCCAUGUAUUCGCUUCUUCCCUCUUCGUCGGAUGCGCUGAUGCAGCCGGGUCCGCUGAUUAGUCCGCUUGACAGUGCUAAUCCAUUUGAGUUCCCCUUGGAUCCUGAGUUGACUGUUAAUGGUACUCUUGGGUGCCUGGAGGAUAUGGAUUUGGACAUCACGGAGGGAUUGGAGGAAGUCUUUCAUGUGGAGGAUUGGUCGCGGUAUAUGUGGUCGCCGGAGACUGGGUUUGAGCAUCUAGAUAUGGGGUAUCCCCCUGUGACGCGAUGA